GCUAUGCGUCUUCUAAAACGGUCAAACAAUUUAGUUAAAUUGAACAUUCCGAACAAUGAAUAACGGAAAGAAAAUUCAAUCAAAUGAUCUAUCAGAUUCAACCACGGCUUGCGGUGCAAAAGGAUUAACAACAAAAAACAGAGCGUCGCUCAUAUCGAAAACUUCCAGAAAUAAUCCGACAAAUACGAAAGUACUGGGCACGUCAAACCGAACGACGAUCGAUCCGAUUAAAAUGGGAAUAUCAUCGCUGCCGCGAAGAACGACAAUAUCUACAAGGCGAAUAAGCGGAACGUACCAUACGACCCAGCGGUUGAAGAAGACACCAACGACGCUGGCGAAGCGAAUGACGAUAGACGCAAAAUCGUUCAAUCAAAAACGUGAUGCGACUGACAGUUCGAAGACUUUAUUUGCCAAACCUAAGAAAACAACCGACAAAUUGGCGUGCCCCGUCCCGUCCUGUGACAUGACAUUCUUCUACAAGACUUCCUUGGCUGCGCACGUCAAAUCGCAUGCACCACAAAAUAACUGUGAACAUUGUGGUCGAACGUUUGGCAUUCCCACAGCAUUGUCGAAGCAUUUACGCGAGAAUUGUACGAAGAUAUCGGUUGCUGGGCGAAAGAAACUACUAGAAAGUGACGCCAAGCUGGAAAAGCAGAAAACUCCUGUCAGAAGUCCGAGAUUGAACCGUGCCAGAGAUGAGCUGUUAGAUUUAGUGUUCACGUCGGAAUUGGACCGACUGAAGGCGGUUCCAUUUAAGGAUUUUGUUCCCAUCAAAGGUAUCGGACGGACUCCAAGAAAGUUGAUAAAAUGCUACGAUUGUGGCGAAAAAUUCAAAAAUCCACUGCAAUUUGCAACACAUGCAGAGCACUGUGAUGCGCCAAAAGUUGAUUUGAAGAUGAAUGCAAUCUAAGAUUUAUGUGUGCGUGUGUGACUGGUGUGACUCCGAGGCAAUAAAAUAAAAAUAUUUCUGAAUUUGUAUCAAUUGA